AUGGAAAAUACUGCUUUGUGGAAACGGUUUUUGGCGGCUCUCUUCUAUGGAGUCAGCUCCAUUAUUGUGGUGUUCGUCAACAAAAUAUUACUAACCAAUCUCAGAUUCCCGUCAUUUCUUUUUGUUGGAUUUGGUCAGAUGCUAGCAACUGUUGUUGUAUUAUUCUUGGCGCGAUCUCUACGUAUAAUUUCGUUCCCUUCAUUUGACUAUUCUAUAUCGCGGAAAAUUAUGCCUCUUCCUGUAUUGUUUGUUCUGAAUUUAGCAUCUGGACUUGGUGGGACGCAAUUAAUCAACUUGCCUAUGUUCACUGUACUGAGGCGCUUCUCUAUAUUAAUGACAAUGGCGCUCGAAUAUUAUAUAUUGGGUGUAAGUGCUACGCGAGCCGUCCGCUUUGCCGUCGGUUUAAUGAUCGCAGGUUCAAUCAUUGCGGCGUAUUUUGAUCUUGCCUUCGAUCUUUGGGGUUAUACACUUAUUCUGCUUAAUGACAUCUGUACGGCUGCUCUAGGCGUUUAUACUAAACAAAAGCUCGAGGCUAAAGAGUUGGGUAGAUACGGUUUAAUGUUUUACAAUUCCUUAUUCAUGUUAAUUCCCACACUUGUACUAAUUUCUUAUACUGGUGAUACGAAUCGGGCGAUCCUUUUCAUGCUGUCAGGCGAAAUGACUCCCAGCAUUUGGAUCUGUUUUUUCAUUUCGUGUGUAUGUGGUUUCAUCCUUAACUAUUCCUUAGUUCUGUGUACACAUUUCAAUUCUGCUCUUACGACAACGUGUGUGGGACCCAUAAAGAAUUUGUUCGUCACAUAUGCUGGAAUGUUUUCAAGCGGUGAUUAUAUAUUCCAUUGGACAAAUUUCAUUGGCAUAAACGUUAGUGUUAUGGGUAGUGUGCUGUACACGUAUGUAACAUUUCGAACGAAAUCGAUUAGUAAGCAGGUUGUCACAGUGGUUCCUGCAAAAAAAUUGGAGAACCAACCAUUGAUUUAA